GGAAAGCGCUGCUUCUGAACUCUGAACCCUAAUUCCGUCUACGCCAAUCCGAUUAUGUUCAAAAUAUAAUCAGGAUUGAAUCAUUUCGAAUUAUAUCAGAUACCGCGAGAGAGAUUAUGAGCGCCCCGAGGAAGAGGACUUUCCAGAUUGAAGCGUUCAGACACCGCGUAGUUGUCGAUCCCGAUUACGCUGAAACUACAUGGAAGAUCUUGGAGCACGCUAUUCACGAAAUCUAUGAUCACAAUGCUAGCGGCCUUAGUUUCGAAGAGCUUUACAGGAGUGCUUACAACAUGAUUUUGCACAAAUUUGGAGAGAAACUCUAUUCAGGACUUGUUUCCACCCUGACAUUGCAUCUGAAGAACAUGGCAAAAUCAAUCGACAGUGCUCAGGGAGAUUUGUUCCUCGAAGAGCUGAACAAGAAAUGGUUAUAUCACAACAAGUCAUUACAAAUGGUUAGGGAUAUACUAAUGUAUAUGGAUAGGACUUUCAUCCAAACUACACAUAAGGCCCCUGUUUAUGAGCUAGGUUUGAAACUGUGGAAACAUAUCAUUAUCCAUUCCACCAAAAUCCAACCCAGGCUGCUCGAUACUCUUCUUCAAUUGAUUCAAAGAGAAAGGGAAGGCGAAGUUAUCGACAGAGGUUUGUUUCGUAAUGUUACCAAAAUGCUGCAAGAUCUCGGUUCUCCAGUUUACCAAGGGGAUUUCGAGAAACCUUUUCUCGAAGCCUCUUCUGACUUCUAUAGAAGAGAGUCUCAGCAUUUCAUUGAUUGCUGUGAUUCCGGGGAUUACCUCAAGAAAGCAGAGAUACGUCUGAACGAAGAGAUUGAACGAGUUUCACACUAUCUCGACGUCAAAACUGAAUCCAAGAUCACUGCUGUCGUCGAAAAGGAAAUGAUCGAAAAUCACAUGACUCGGUUAGUCCAUAUGGAGAACUCGGGGUUGGUUAAAAUGAUAAUCAACGACAAAUAUGACGAUUUGGGAAGAACGUACAACCUUUUCCAAAGGGUGUCCAACGGGCUCUCGAUGGUUAGAGCCCUCAUGACCUCUCAUAUUCGUGAAACAGGUAAACAGCUUACAACAGAUACAGAAAGGCUGAAGGAUCCGAUUGAGUUCGUACAACGUCUACUAGACGAGAAGGAUAAAUAUGAUAAGAUCGUCAAUCUCGCUUUCAACAACGACAAGACUUUCCAGAACGCUCUAAACUCGUCCUUCGAGUACUUCAUCAACUUGAACCCGAGGUCCCCAGAAUUCAUUUCCUUGUUUAUGGACGAUAAGCUACGAAAAGGGCUAAAGGGUGCGAGUGAGGACGAUAUCGAGAUUGUACUUGAUAAAGUCAUGAUGAUUUUCCGUUACCUUCAAGAGAAGGACAUAUUCGAGAAAUACUACAAGCAGCAUCUUGCGAAGCGACUCCUUUCGGGUCGAACUGCAUCAGACGACGCCGAACGAAGCUUGAUACUGAAGCUUAAAACUGAAUGCGGUUACCAAUUCACUUCGAAAUUAGAAGGUAUGUUUACCGAUAUGAAGACAUCUGAGGAUACAAUGCGAGAGUUUUACAAAACCGACACAUCAGACCAUCCGACAAUCGCAGUUCACGUUCUAACAACCGGUUCAUGGCCGACUCAGGUCUCGGGCGGAUGCAACCUUCCUAUCGAAAUCAUGGGGAUUUGCGAUAAGUUUCGAAACUAUUACUUGGGCAAACACACUGGCAGGAGAUUGACUUGGCAGACGAAUAUGGGCACGGUUGAUCUUAAGGCCACGUUUGGAAAGGGUCGUAAGCACGAACUGAAUGUGUCGACUCACCAGAUGUGUGUACUCAUGUUAUUCAAUAAUGCUGAUAGUUUAUCUUAUAAGGAAAUUGAGCAGGCGACGGAGAUACCCUCGUCGGACCUGAAGAGGUGUAUGCAGUCUCUGGCCUGCGUUAAGGGGAAGAACGUGUUGAGGAAAGAGCCGAUGAGUAAGGAUGUGUCGGAUAACGAUACUUUUUUUGUGAACGAGAGUUUCGCAAGCAAAUUGUUUAAGGUGAAGAUUGGUACGGUUGUGGCUCAGAAGGAGUCCGAACCGGAGAAGCAGGAGACUCGACAGAGAGUGGAGGAAGAUAGGAAACCACAGAUUGAGGCUGCGAUUGUGAGGAUAAUGAAAUCGAGAAGAGUUUUGGACCAUAAUAAUAUUAUCGCGGAGGUGACGAAACAGCUGCAGUCGCGGUUCUUGGCUAAUCCGGUUGUGAUAAAGAAACGGAUCGAGUCUUUGAUCGAACGGGAGUUCUUGGAAAGGGAUAAGGUUGAUAGGAAGAUGUAUAGGUAUCUUGCUUGAUUCAAGUAGCAAACAGAUAGGAUUUUUAAUACUUAGUUUCAACAGAAUUUCAAAUUAUGGAUUUUAUUUA